CUAGCUCUUCAAAUUGAGCAAAAUUUAUUUACGUUGAGAUUAUUUUUAUUUUGAUGUCAUUCUACUCCGGAAAAAUAACGGCAUGAGACGGAGUGAUUUCGAAUGCGGAAGUGAUUCAAGUUCACAAGAUGGUUGACAGACUUGUUAAUAGUGAGUCUAAUACUAGACGUAUAGCAUGUGUGGAGCAGUGUUUUGGAUCUUCAGGCCAGCCCCUGGCUGUACCUGGACGAGUGUUGGUUGGAGAAGGGGUAUUGACAAAGAUGUGUAGAAAGAAGCCAAAGCCUAGACAGUUCUUUCUAUUUAAUGAUGCUCUUGUUUAUGGAAAUAUUGUUAUUAAUAAGAAAAAGUAUAACAAGCAGCAUAUAAUGCCCCUGGAAGAUGUAAAAAUAGAGGGUGUAGAAGAUGUAGGAAAUUUAAGAAAUGGUUGGAAGUUGAUCAGUCCAAAGAAGUCAUUUGUUGUAUAUGCAGCAACAGGGGUAGAGAAACAACAAUGGAUCUCUCAUAUCAAAAAAUGUGUUUCUGAUUUACUCCAUAAAAGAGGAUUGACACAAUUAUGUGACAUGAGAAUGAAUCGCCUGUUUGCGGUACCUGACUCUUCCGCCUCUAAAUGUAUGCAUUGUAAACGCUCUCAGUUCUCUAUGCUUAAUCGAAGGCAUCAUUGUAGGAAGUGUGGGUUAGUUGUCUGUGAUGAUUGUUCUAGUAAAAGAUGGCUGUUACCUCAACAAUCAUCUAAACCACUCAGAGUAUGCCUUACUUGUUUCGGAAAACUUUCCAGCGCAAAGAACCCAUCAGAAUCAGGUAUAACAAACACACCAGAUGAUUCAUCAGGAGAAGAUACAGAUGAUGAGGAUGAUGAUGCUGUAUAUCAAGGAAUACCCGAGGACCAGUUCCAGACUUAUGAUUAACUGAGGGAAACAAGAAGAAAAUAAGCGUGAUAUGCUAGUUCUAAUCUUACACUUCACUUGUAGACAAAUUUACUUUAACACAAUAGUGAUUUUAGAACAUCCUGUGAACAUCACUUCAAAUCAAAAGAUGAGUUGUAUGAAAAACGAAAACAGGUUUCAAAUUAAUAGCAGAUGUGAAACAUAUAUAGUUAUGAUUCUUUUCCUUUUAUUUUCCUUUUGGAUUUAUUUUGUUUUUCUUUAUUGCAAUCAUUUUCAUGCAAUUUAGGUUGUUACUAGUACCUGUUAAUUUUGUUUACUAGAAAAUAAAAAAAAAUCUUAUUGCUCUUUGAAUUAAAGUAUAAAGUAUAAAAUAAUUAGAUGUGCAUGGGAGUGAUUAUCUGCACUAAAAGUAUGUUAGUGUAUAGCUGAAGAAAAGUUAGCCAGUGGAAUGCAUACAUAUAAGAUCCUUUUAAUUUAAGGAUCAAAUCUAGAACAAAUAAUGUAAUUUGUCAGCAAAAAACAAGUAGAACUUAACAAUGAACAUUGCUUGACAAUUGUUAAAAAGUUAUUAACUUUAUUGAGAAAAAUUCUUACUUUAUACAGUUUUUGUUUGUUUUUCAGUUUUUUUUUUUCGCUUAGCCUACUACCAUUUCCAUACUUAACAUCCAUGUUCCAUAUUUUACCCAAUUAAGAAAAUUAC